AAGACAAAUACAGUAAAGCUGUAAUGGGAAAUAACGAAAUAAAAGCUGAAAAAUAUUGUACUAAUCGCCAGAAAUAUUCUGACGUCAUUAAUAUGUUUAACAUCAAUUGACAAUAUAGGUCGUGUGGAUUCUUAUAGAAAACUAAUCCUACACUGUGUGAAUUAUUGAAAAGGUUUCUUGGUGGUUUAAUCACAUUCUAUUUCCUCUAAAAUUCGCAGGGUGACUGUUAUCGGGUCACCGUAACGUAAAUAUGAUGUAAUCUACAGUGGACAGCGUGGUCAGUCAAGUCGUGGUCAUCUCGAGUCCAGGUGGAGAUAACCUGCGAUAUUAACUUCACGAACUCGCGCACCUGCUAAAAUAACCCGAUCAAGUGGACAACGAUGUCUGUCGUUAUCAUCCAACUCUCUUAUAACAGGAGUUAACAGCGUUUAUCAUUUCUGUCAUAGAGCCAGUAUAUAUGGUUCAGUUUAGUUUCGAAUAUCAAAACAUUUGUUUUGAAAUCACUUAACGAUCCGACUUGACAGGCUCCAGGGCUGUUUAUCUUUUCGAUAUGAAGGAGACCAUAGUUUUUGCGAUGGCGGUUCUCGGAGUUGCUGAAGGUUUCUUCAUGGACGGGUUUCAAGGAGGUCACUUUGGACCAGGAAGUUUUCAUUCGGCGUACUCGGGUUGUGUUGGUCUUCACCACUACUGUCCAAUCUCUCCUAAUCUGUGUCCGAACGGAUUCGCCAAGGACACACACGGAUGCCCACUAUGUCAUUGUGCGGAAGGGUCAACGUCCACAGAUCCGGCACAGCAGACAGUACACCAUCAUAUUCAUAACGCAUGCAUUCCAAGCCAGGCGAGCUGCACGUUGGCGUGUGACGUAUACGUGAAGGGUGGUACCGGAUGUGAAUUUUGUAUGUGUGACCACAGCCAUCAGACCGACAGCCCGACUACAACCAUUGCUGCAAAUACAACAGAUGAGAAGGUAUCAUCUACCGAAACCCCAACCGCAGAGCUUCCGACUUCUACCGGAAAAGCUACAACUGCGUCCCGCGACUGCGCACUAGCUACCCAGAUCUGUAUCGCUCAGUGUGGCGGGAAAUAUCUAGUGGACCCCAACGACUGUACUUUCUGUGUGUGUAGGGCCGACAUCGGCUGAGAUAUAUAUGUAAGUACUGGAAACCUGUUGUAUGGUACCGCAAUCACAGCGGGAGUUGACGACGAAUCACGAUAGUGGAUCAUUAACAUCUCCCUGGCUACACACUUCAUGUUAUUUGAAUGUACAUGUAUUAGGGUAUAUAAGUUUGUAUGUAUACCCGAUGCCUUUAUAACGUUAUGCGUACUUUUCUUGACAAAAUAAAAAUGAUCAAGCAAGAUCAACCCUAACCCUCAAACAAAACAUUGGAUCCGACUUGUUUAUAACUUUCUGGUCUCACACUUGUGUACGAAUUUGUCAAACACAUGUGUACCAACUAGUCAAAAUGCAUGAUGAUUAUCAUCAGAGAAACUCCAAACAUCCCUUAUACAACUGUCGCUAUGAUUGUGGAGCUAGGCAGCAUGUGUCGAUUUUAACACCAAUGUUUGUCAAGAAAUUGUAUAAUACAAUGGCUCAAAGAAUCACAUAUGGAUCACAUGUGUAACAUGUUUGAAAGGGAGUGUAGCCACACUAUGUACGGUGUAAUACAUAAAAUGCUGCAUCAGCAACGUUUUGCAAAACCUAGCUGUGUGUCCUUAGUUUUCGACAUGCUAAGUAUAAAUUUCUGGUGUACUGGUGUACAAGGUGAUGGGAGAAAGGAUAAAUGACUUGUUAAAACAUCAGAGAGCUUGUGACAGAACAUCCUUUUAUGCAAAAAGGCCAGUCCUCUCAAUGUCGUACAAUUUGCAGAUGGUAUUUAAUAUCAUUAAUUACCAUAGUUCAACUUAGAUAACCUUCCAUUUAGAUGUAAGACAGCUUUGAUAUCAGCACAUAUUGUAGAUAAUAAUUUUCUUUCAUUUUCAGCCCAUGUGUUCUUCAGAGUUCUCAUGCUAUGUCACAAGAGUAUAGCUUUGUUAUUAUUUAUUCUGAUAAAUUUUGUAAACAUGAUGAAUAAAUUUAAUAAUUGUUCAACAUUUGA